GAGAAUGGAAUUACAGGACAGAACUGGAUAUACUGAGAGUUCUUUUGUGUGCAUACUUCGGUAUGUAUUUCAACAGACACCUAAUUCUCUGUGUACUUAAGGAUUAAUCUGAGGGAUGGUCUUUAAGGCAAAAUGUAGGUAGCACUGUGUCACUUUAGCUUUGGAACGUUCACUUGUUGAACCGAAGUGCGGGGAAUACGUAGUCACAACUCCAAGUGAAGUGAAGAAGUCACCUACCCAGCCAGGCUGAGGUCCGAUGGAGUCGAACGGGAGCGCGGUGAAAAGCGGGAGAAGUUUGAAAAGGGUACCGACUACGACUUCUGCCAAGACGAGCAAAAGCGUGAGCCCAAAGGUCAAGGACUGGAGCGGGAAAAACGGGCAGAGCCGCACGGAAUCGAGCCCCAGGAGGAGGAGAGCCGUUAACGCCAUCCCGACGGGGAGACAGUUGCCCCGAACUCCUCCCGCGACUGAGCGGAACGAGCGCUCGCGCGCACCAGGCAGCGCGCGCGAAGUGGAGGCGCCCGCUGGCGGCACAGCGUCUCGCGACUCUUCACCGCGCCACACAGUCACAGGCGCUGCUUCAGUAGUAAAGAAGGACUGUACACACACACAGGGCGCCAGGGCUCCUCUGCCAAAAGAUGACUUCAGUACGCGGGAAAUGGAUGAGCCGCAACACGAUGAAGAGUUGAGGAAGACGACGACGCGAAGGCCGAGCACCAUUUCUGCCACGAGCAAAUGUGUGCAUCUGGAGGAGUUGAAUCCAGAUUGCUUCAUUAGAGGUAUGCAGGGCUACCAAUGGACCACAGAGGACCUGGAGUUUGUGGAGCACGCUAAAAAUGAGAGACAAAUCCGGCAGUUACAAGAUGAACUGAAAAUGCUGCAGAAGCAUCUGAAGGAUGAGCAGCAUAAACUGGAUCUUUGUCUAGCCAUAAGAGACAAAGUACAGGCUGACCUGGCUGAGAUUGCUGAUUUUGAUCGGGUCGUACAACUGGGCAGAGACUUUCUCAGUGAGAAACUGGACUCAGCAGAAGUGGAGGCAAUGGACCCCAAGUCUGUUAUGUCACAAAUCCGCCUUGAAGAUGUCCAGCAGGCCAUACGUAAAGAGCAGUCCAAAGCUGUGGUUCUGGAAGAGAAACUGGCAAGGUUGCAGGACCUCGGCAGUAAAGAAGAAGAAACGUGGCAGAAGGAAGUGGAAAUCCAGGAGAAAAGAAUCUCUGAGAAACAGGCAAGACUGAGUGAAUUGGAAAAAGAAUCAUCUGAUCUUAAGAGUGAAUUGUCACAAGUGGAGGAGGCACUCAAGCUUACACAGAGUGAGGUGGAAUCUCUGAAGGCUUCCACACAGACCAAGCUAAUGGAGGAAGAGGUAGACAUGACCAAAAUCCUGAGACGCUCCAAGAGAAUUGCACGGAGGAAGGAGAACUUUCUAGAGCGAGAGACAUUUUUAAACAAAAUACGUGCUCGAAAGUGAUAUACAGUGUAAAUAAUGAAG